AUGAAGCCAGACUGGUGGCCCGGAGAGGACCAUGAACAGUUCACUGACUGGGCCAUUGCUCAAGGGAUCCUCGUAAAUGGGGUCUAUCCAGCUCGAUUUCCAGGCCGCGGCUUAGGCAUGAUAGCCAUGCGGAGUAUCGAAGAAGGCGAAGCAAUUGUCACAGUGCCAUUGACAGCAAUGUUCACCCCCAAUUCAAUCCCCUCUUCAUUCACCAACAAGUUCCCAGACGAAGCACCCGUCCACGCACUAUACGCCGCAUUCUUCACCAACGGGGACCCCUCAGACCUACAGUCCUACGAACCCUGGCGAAAGACCUGGCCCACCCGUCAAGACUUCGAAGACGGCAUGCCACUUCUCUGGCCCUCAUCUCUCCGCGGACCCUCCAAGCAAGACAACUCCCCUGCCGCAAGAUCCUUCCUCCCGCCAUCAAUAUCCGGCUCGUGGACCAGCAUCGCCAAAGGAAAACAUGAAUGCGACUACGAAACCACGCACCAGAACCUGCUUGUUCAGCAGGAAUCACGACUCCAGAACGCCUGGGACGUCGUGGUGUCUGUCUUCCCUGAAACCGACUGGGAGAGAUUCUCGUAUCACUGGCUGAUUGUCAACACGAGGAGCUUUUUCUUUCUCAUGCCGGGCGACGAGGCGCCUGAGGAUCGGAACGAUGCGAUGGCGUUGCUUCCGUUUGCGGAUUAUUUUAAUCAUUCGGAUGUGGCUUGCAAUGUAAAAUUCGAUGGCCGGAACUAUGUCUUCCGUGCGGCGAAGCAUUAUGAUGAAGGAGAGGAGAUAUACAUGAGUUACGGGCCUCAUCCGAGUGAUUUUCUACUGACAGAAUACGGUUUCUUUCUUGACCAUAAUGACUCCGAAACACUGUAUCUGGACGAUAUCAUAUUCCGAGACCUUGACAAGACGCUGCAGGAGGAAUUGGAAUUUCAACAAUACUACGGAAAUUACCAAUUAACCGCAGAUGGUGUAUGCUAUCGUACCGAAAUCGCUGCUUGUAUGAAAUACAUGGCGGUUGAGGACUGGCGCAACUAUUCCCUUGGCUACUCUACCAAGGGCUUUGAUGCUCAAAAGUCAGAGGUUAUAAUCCGAGACUGGAUCAAGACGUAUGCUCACGAGGCAGACACGACGAUCACAUCAUUGGAGAACGUAAGGGUAGACCUCAAGGAUCAAGAAAAGGUCAAACUACUGCUGAAGCGGUGGAAACAAAUCCAAAUCCUCUGUGGCCAAGCCCUCGAGACAGUUUCGUGUUAG